GUAUUCAUUAAUUAGAAAAUAAUGUGUCUAAUGUAAUAAGCGAGAUCCACGUCAUAAUGCGAGAUUGGGCACUCCGUCAAAGAAUAAUCCAAGCAUAAAAGGUAGAAAUUUGAAGGAGAAUCUGCGAUUGCACGACGGAAAACGGAAAACAGCGUUUGGGAAGAACGCGUCCAUAAAAGGAAACGCAGCAAGCAUGUGAGAAAACCUAAGUCCUAAAAUCGGUGAAAUGGAAUCGAGCGUUCUGGAAUGCGUGGGAGUGGAAAUAAUCGGCGUCAUGAGUCCGGUCUCGAUCUGCAUGUUCCUGGUGGUUCUCCUCGUCUACUCCCUCUCCUCGCCGGACGCCGCCGCCGCCACCAUGCGCACCGUCGCCAACUUCGUCUACGCGGAGAAUCCCUCCGACACGGCGGCGCAGAAGCUGGAGGGCGCGCUCCUGAACGCGCUGGUGUUCGUGAUCCUCAUCGCGGUGGUGACCUUCCUCCUCGUCCUCCUCUACUACUACAACUGCACCUCCUUCCUCCGCCACUACACGCGCUUCUCCGCCUUCUUCGUCCUCGCCUCCAUGGGCGGAUCCAUCCUCCUAUCCCUCCUCCAGCGCUUCUCCAUCCCCCUCGACGCCCUCACCUCGCUCCUCCUCCUCCUCAACUUCACCGUCGUCGGCGUCCUCUCCGUCUUCUCCGCCGCCGUCCCCAUCCUCCUCCGCCAGUUCUACAUGGUCUGCCUCGGGAUCAUCGUCGCCGCCUGGUUCACCAAGCUGCCGGAGUGGACCACGUGGGCGCUCCUCGUCGCGCUCGCGCUCUACGAUUUGGUCGCCGUUCUCGCUCCCGGCGGACCGUUGAAGCUGCUCGUCGAUUUGGCCUCCAGUCGCGACGAGGAGCUGCCGGCGUUGGUGUACGAGGCGCGCCCGACGGUGUCCGCCCGGAACCCUGCCGCGUUAGGGUUUCUCGUCGCCGGGGUUUCGGAUUCUGAAAGCUCUAGAAUUGAGCUUCAGGUAGUUUCUAGGGAUAAUGUAAUUAGGAAUAGUAGUAGCGACAAUGAUGACGAUGACGAUGGUGGUGAUGAGGAGAAUGGUGGUAGAGGAGAUGAAGGGGAACGGUCUCCGUUGGUUGGUGGAAUGAGUGGGGUGGGGGAGGGUGAGGAAGAAGAUGACGGGGUGAGGAGGGAGGUGUUGGGGGAAAGGGGGAUUAAGCUUGGUCUUGGGGAUUUUGUAUUCUACAGUGUUCUUGUGGGGAGAGCGGCAAUGUAUGAUUUGAUGACUGUGUAUGCUUGUUACCUUGCCAUUAUUUCUGGCUUGGGUUGCACGCUCAUUUUGUUGUCUGUGUGCCGCAAGGCCUUGCCGGCGCUUCCCAUUUCGAUCACCUUGGGGGUUCUGUUCUACUUUUUGACGAGGCUGCUCAUGGAGCCCUUCAUUGUUGGGACUGCCACCAAUUUGAUGAUGUUUUGAGCUAGCUUAGGGUUUAGGAGAAGGAAUUUGUGCAUGGAGUUAAGAGCAUGCAAGGGAAAUAUAUUUGAAAAAUUGGGACUUCGAAAGGCAGCAAUUGCCAGAUAGCAGGUCCAAUAAAUUUAAUUUUCUGUCAAGACUAUGAUACUAACACAAUAUUUAGCUGUUUGCAUAUCUGAAUACGUAACUUGUGACAAAUCAUGCGCUGAUUUUACAGUAUUGUUGAUCAAACAAGAGAGUUUAUAAGGAAUGUAUAUGUGGAUCGAAGAUAUGCUGCAGCAAAGUCUUCUGAUAAACCUCCAAGAAAUGUGUAGGCAAUAUAUUUUUAGUUGUUUAUUUGUUUAUCUGGAUAGCCAUUUUCUUCUAAAGCUUAUUUUAAAUUUUUUUACCUAGUCUGUGGUUGGAUAUCUCAGUUUUUUCAAAACUGACAUUCUGAGUUUCUUUUUUUAUUUGGCUUAGAUUAUUCAGUUUUAUGGAAUAUGAUUUUAAUUGAGAUUUGUUGGAAAUUGAUAUGGCAAUCAUUGGCAUUUUGGAUAACAUAGGUAUAGGAUCGUGGGAUGAUCUUCUCAUGUUGUCCGUAGAACGCUGAACUCUGAAGUAAUAACUUUAAUAAUCACAAGGACAAUGCUGUCAACAAACGGAUUGGAACUUGAUUGCCAUUUGCAUCCUUUUUCUUACGUUAAAUGGCAGUGGUCGCCAUAUCCGUUAUGUGCCCACCAUAGCCAUGGGGCCCUCGGGGCUUAUGUCGGUCAUGACUGAUUAUUUUAUUUUUUCGCUUUUAGAAAGCUCAUUUAACGAUUUUCUAAGACAACCCCUAAAUAUCCAACAAACAAUGCCGACGAGAUAGAACAAUUUUUUUCUUCUUCUUUUUUUUAUGUUUUUUCGUUCCUUCCAUUUUUAUUAUUCUCCAUCUGUUCUAUAUUCUCCGGAUGUUCCUAGCCUUUUUUUUUUCUGUAUUUUUUUGUUUGGUCUCUUAUUCUCUUUGUGGCACUAACUGUUACUGUUCAUCUCUUCAAUGUUCAUUGUUUGGUUCUCUGUUUUUAUAAUUUCAAAAAGGUAUUCACUGUUCUUUUGUUCUUUGCUUCUUUAUUAAACAUAGAAUGUUAUUCCCAAUUCUUUUUUUUUUUUUACUUAUAGGACAAUGUCAAGCACCCAAAAUCAAAGUCAUGCUUCCUUAGACAUAUGAUGGAAACUUUCGAUUAAGAGCAAUGCUAGCGAUACUCUCUCUAACAUUCUCAAUUUUAUUGGCUAAAAUAUAUUGGAAAUCACAAGUUUUGUAGGUCUUACAUCUCAUUUAAUGGGUUACUCUCUUGAUUUAGUGGUAAGACUUAUUAAAAUUUAUGAUUUUUCAACCAAUGAUAGAGAGUGUUAGCAAGAGAGUGUUAAAGUAAGUGUCAAUAGCAUUUCUCUUUAAUUAAUUGUUAUGUUUAUGACUUUAUGUAAUGAGAUUAUGAGACUCUGAUGGAUUAUGACAUUGUUCUUUCGAGAUUUUAACCUAUGAUUCUUCUGUUUUUAAUAUAUUUCAUGAUGUUUCUAAUUUUCUUUUGCUAUUUUUUUUUUAAUUUUUGUACACACACACAUGGCAUCAGCCACACCAUCCACCAUAAGUUGAUGACAGAUUUUCGGCUCAUCGUAGGCUAUUAUUCAUUAUCGAUAACCUUGCAUAGGGAACUGUAGCUGUAUAUUUGGUUUCAGAGCUUUUACAUGGCUACUGGUCAGGUGAAGAAAUGCUAAAAAGUUGACAUAUGAAUGUACUUUUUGUUGUGUAGAGAAAAUCUUUGUCCAGUCCAAUGGAUCAUGAACACUUA